UAAGUCUACGUCAGACUUUUGUUUUAUUCAGAGGUUUGGCUUCCUGCCCUCUGUUCAGGCAAUAAAUUGGCUGUAACAGAGCUGAUUCUAGCAUUCUGUUCAGUAGAAGUAUCCCAGCAAGACAAAAACACACGAAAUAAGGACUCAAAAAAGAAAUCAUCUGAGAUCAUCCUCAUCAGUAUUUCUUCAGUGCCUCUACAAUGAUCCUCCGCUCAGGCCGUAAAAAGCCCUAUCAUAUGCCUCCCCGUAGAAGGAAGUCUGUGAAGAAGCAAUUUCUGCUUACAAAUAGGACAACAGCUUCUAGAAAGACAGGCUUCUGUGAACAAGCUUGCUUCUUACGGAGCUCCAUUGAGCCUACUCAUUCAUCAGUGUUUAACCUGCGAAAAACAGUGAAAUGUUAUAUACUAACUGAAGAUUCAAAAACAGUACAUUUUGAUAUAGAUGAAGAUGGUCAUCAUGAAAUAUGCACGAAGGAGUCACAAUCCUAUGAAGAUAUUGCGUGGUUAAGCGUGUUCACAAGGGGUGAAGGAGUUACUGGUAAGCCUCUUGUGGGAAAAAAAGAUUCUAAAAAUUUCGUGAUCCUCACACAAAGAUCAAAGCUUAAUGAAUUUGUCCUGUUGUGCAAGGGUAAGAAGCACCUCUCUCUGAAGGUCUUAAAAGCAUCCUGUUCAGAGCCAGAUCAUCAUUCACUGGGGACAUGCAAUAUGAAAACAUGCUUUGAAGAUCCUGACUUUAAACAGCUGAAUGAAGAUAAUAACUUUUUCAUCAUGCAUUACCAAGGAGAUUCAGUGCAGUUCCAAUGCUAUGAAGAUAGACGUUACUAUCUGUGUGUGAACGACGACUCACUUGAUAUUCGCAAGCUGGAGAACAGAGAUCCCAACAAGGACAAAAAUUUUUACUUCAGGGUGUCAUAUUUACAGGAAAAGUAACUUCUCUACCUUUCAGUGGUGUAAGUGCCCAUACAGUCCUAAGAAGAUGGGGGAGUUUGAGAUCAACUAAUUUCUGUUUGAGCAAAAUUCUUACAUUUUCAUAAUUUCUAAAUCACUAAUGUUCUUUAUUUCUGCACAUUCAGUAGCAAAAGAGAAAGGCCAAAUUUGAAAAACAUGCUAAUUGAUCAAUCUCUUGGUCCUACUUACGCAAUUAUGUUUUUAAGGAAACAAAAUAUUCUGGUGUGGGAAAAUAUACAGGGGAUAUUUUAAAAAUGGCAAGGAACACUAAGGAACAUAUAUGAAUAUGAUCAUAAAAUGUGCCAUUAGUUCUUCAUGAGGUAAAUGUUUUACUUUUUGAAAACUGUUUCUUAUAAGUUCACCUGAAUGUGGCAAGAAGACUUUUAGAAGUUUUUAAAUGCAUAUGUGCAUAUCCUGACUGACUGAUUUGGAGAAAGAGGUAGGAAGGGUGUCUCGAGUCUACCUGAGAAUAAGGGAAGAUGCUGGAAGUUGGAAGGUGUCUCUCCACCUGUAGCUCUGUGUCAGUCCAUACAGUCCAUUGUGCAAUUUCAGCAUCUCUCCAGCUCUCUAGGAAAAUGUACACAGAGCAUCAGAUGUGGAAUGUGCAGGCAGAGGGAGGGAGACACAUUGAACUGAUGGGCCAUAACACAUGUCUGCAAACACAGCAGAAAAUUGCUCCACUUCUGCGUCAUAGAGGAAAACGCAGUCACAUGCUCAAUUGCAAAACAGAGUGCAGAACAACAUCAGAAAAAUAAUAAUGUUCAAAAUUACUGAACAAAAUAAACACUAGGUGCUUAUGUGGGGUACACUGGAGGAGGCAUAAGAGUACCUACCCUUGAGCAGCAGUGUCAAAUGGAAGAUGUUAACAAUUAAAUGUCCAUAGACCAUACCCUGCAAAGAAAACCUAUUUGAAAUACAUGAGAAAACAACCUGAAAAUAAUCAAGAUCUUUAACUAGGUGUUAAAGAUCUGGUUCUUCAUUGCUGUGCAUGGAAUUCCACUCUGAUUUAGUGGCAAUUUUCUGUGAUGCAAGUAAUGCAAUUUUCUGUGAUGCAAGAGACCAUAUGUGUAUAAAUGAUAGACACGAUGCACCAAUGCCAAGAGACUGCUGCCUACAAGAUAAGACAACACUUACAAGAAUAGUCCUGUGUAAAUAUAAUAAACAAUGCACCUCUGAAAUAGGAAUCCUAUUGUCAGUCAGUCGAUCACACCAAUGCACAUUGCAAUAAGGCAAUUUUCUUCUGUAACUAAAUUCCAAAGAUUUGUGAGACCUUAAAAGCUUUCAUGGCUUGCUUGUUGCAUACUUCAAAUAGUGAAAAUCUUUAGGUUAAAAUGCUCAUUGAAGAGAGCUUUUAAGUACAUAAUACUUACAACUUCUGGACUAGCCAAGAGUUCAAUAAAGUUAGAUUGAAGAAAAAACUCCAAAACUCUAGAUAUUAAUUUCAGCAUUUAUUACACUAGAAUCAAGUUAUUUCAGCACUACUUAAGAUGUUGCACAAGAAAUAGAUUCUGUCAUGUAGUAAGUACAUUAAUUUCACUAUCUGAUACACUAAUACUUCAUACAUUUAUUACUGGUAAUGUAACCACCUCACUAAAUAAUAGAAUGGGCUAGAUGGCAAGUUGAUGAAAAGAUGACAAGUCACUGUAGAGCUUGUACAAAUCAUAUUAAUUAAAUCAGCAUUGCUGAUUAUCACCACAAAAGUUACACUUACCUCAGUUAAAUUUGAAUCUAUUUUGUAUUUAAAUUUAAAUUAUGGUUAUAUGGAGAAUAUAUGGCUAUAUGCAGAAUUUUGCAGAAUUUUUUUACCAUCUUAUAUUUUUUUUUAACAAUUCAUGGGAAAAUAAACCCUUAUGGAAAACAGCAGCAAAUUUUGCAAAAUUUCAGAUUUGAUAUCUAAGAUAGUAAUAUCAACUUCUCAUAAAACACAAUAAUAUCACACAGCUUCGUAACUCUAAAUGUACAUAGUAAAGCAAGUUCAAGAAUUCCUAUCUUAAUCUUUGACGGAGUCUUAUUUUGAUCAAAAACUCUCUUCAAACUGACAUUUUCCAAUUCCCACUAAUCUAAGUGUCUUGAGAGUGGCAGAUAAGUUUUUAUUGCGUGAGGUGUAAAUCAUAUAGAAUUUUUAUUUUAAAAUAGAAAAUGUUAGCCUUUUAGAAAAAUACAGUUUCUAACACUUUACAAUAUUUUGCUGUAAAACCAACAAUUAUUAACCUUCAUUUAACAGAUGUGAUAAUUAUUAAAAUAAAAAUAUAGGUAUUUUGCUCUUGUAUUUCUGCCCUUCAAAAGCUGUGCCUUGAGGAAAGUACUGCAUUUUGUUUGCUUAGACUAAUGUAAUGCAAGUAUUGUUCAUAUAUAGCUUCUUAUAUAAGCAUUUUGACCAUAUUUGUGACUUUCCACAAUAAAACCUGUGAGAAAAACUACA